AAAAGUUCCGAACCUCGUCUUUACUAGACACAUUGUAGUCAUUUCUGCAUACUGCUCAAAGAUAAGCAGACUUAGAAAUAACAUCGUAGUAGCCAGAUGCGCACCUCGAUAUCCUUCCUCACCUACCCGCAGAAGCUUGGCCGUCCGUCUCAGGUCUUGGUCUCAACCAUCAUUGGCGCAUGGCCAGCUUCAGCAAGUCCAGGAGUUGUAAAGGGUUCAAGUGUCGAAGGCGCUAACAGCUUCAGUGCGGUAUUGCUCUGUGAAAACCGGCACUACCACAGCUUCAUCAAAUUGCUUCAAACAAGCUGCUCCGGGAUGUGGCUCAGAGGUGGAGUGCCCGCGUGCAUCGUGGUGUGAUGUUGGAAGCCGGCAGCAUGUGAGUUGUGUGCGCUGUAGCACACAGAUUACAUGCAUCACUCGUGUGCGAAUGUUUGACGAGCGGUUUUUCGACAACGAGGCAGUCGGAAUCGUUCUGUUCCAUGGUAU